GUUUAAACUCAAAGGGACUUGGCAGGGGGCAUGUGAGAGGAAGAAAAUGUUUCUCUUCUUCCGCCUUGGAACAGAGGAGGGUUGCCCUCUCAGUCUGACAACAGUUUUACUCGGGACAGCUGGUGACACAGACGUGAUCUCUCUUCAUCCGGGGAACGUAAACUCUAAGUUACAGCCAUGGCUCGUCUGGAACAGGUCAUUAUAAACAUCGUGGACAUAUUUCUGGAGUAUGCUGAUGAUGAAGGCAAGAAAUCCCAGUUAAACAUAGAAGAGCUGAAGAAAGUGUUAGAGCAAGAAAUACAAAGCCCUGAGUUAAAAGAUAAAAUUAAUCCAGAUGACAUCGGGGAGGCCAUGGGGAUGUUGGAUAAAAACCACGAUGGCGAGGUCAACUUCCGAGAGUUUUGUCGUUGUGUGUGUGUCCUGGCCAAAUGCUACUACCAGAAGAAGACAGGAAGGGGUGGCAAGAAAGGCAAGGGCAAAGAACAAGAAGGUGAACAAGAAGACUGAAGAACUGUAAAUUCUUUAAAUGUUUGUAGCAACAUAAUAUGACAUCUAGGCAACAGUAUGUAUAUGUUAUUAUGUGACACAACUGACCCUGAAA